UUGUAUCAGUCCCAUUGCAGAGUCGUGCCAACAGCUGAGGCGGAGACUGUAUUGAAUCUAGUCAACUUCGUCGAACGAUUAGGAUCAUCCACCGAUGCAGGGUUACGUGGUAUCGCAUCUUCACUAUCUAUGCGUAAGCUCAUUCAUAUCAUCAGAAGAGACUCACUCCAUCACGGGGAACUCAGAGAGCUCAUUGAAAAUGCUGCACUGGCAAAAUUCCUUCCUUCGAUCGUACGAUUAUCCUUCUACUCCGAAUUGGACAAGACUAAUUUUAGUACCAAAGAUACUCUGGAAGAUUUCUCUGACGACCUGUCUCAUCUGCUGGGUCAAAGUAACAAAAAUGGGAAUGCGGCAAUGAUACCAGACAUUCUUUUUUACGAUAACAAGGAGGCUAGUGCAUUCUUUGGACCUGUGCCACACAUGAACGUCAUCCAGAAUAUGGCUCGUGACAUGAGAUUAGGAGCGCAUCUUCUGCUAAUCGGCAAUCAAGGAGUGGGGAAAAAUAAGAUCACAGAUCGAUUCCUCCAACUUAUUCAAAGGCCUAGGCAGUACAUGCAGUUGCAUCGGGAUACCACAGUGGAAGCACUUACUAUGCAAACCACAGUGGAGAAUGGAGUUUUGCGAUACCAAGACUCAGCACUGGUUCGUGCUGCUAAAGCGGGUCACGUCCUUGUGGUUGAUGAAGCUGACAAAGCACCGUUACACGUGAUCGCUCUCUUCAAAAGCUUGCUCGAUUCCGGUGAGUGA